AUGAGAACACAUACUGGAGAGAAACCUUUUACUUGCUCUGUUUGUAAGAAAAGUUUCUCCACUAAGCAAAGCAUGACCACACACAUGAGAACACACACUGGAGAGAAAGCUUUUACUUGCUCUGUUUGUAAGACGAGUUUCUCCAUAAAGCGUAACAUGACCACACACAUGAGAACACACACUGGAGAGAAACCUUUUACUUGCUCUGUUUGUAAGAAAAGUUUCUCCACUAAGCAAAGCAUGACCACACACAUGAGAACACAUACUGGAGAGAAACCUUUUACUUGCUCUGUUUGUAAGAAGAGUUUCUCCACAAAGCCACACUUGACCACACACAUGAGAACACACACUGGAGAUAAACCUUUUACUUGCUCUGUUUGUAAGAAGAGUUUCUCCAGAAAGGAACAAAUGACCAUACACAUGAGAACACACACUGGAGAGAAACCUUUUGCUUGCUCAGCUUGUGCUAAAAGAUUCAACAUAAAGAAUGACAUGAUAUUACACAUGAGAACACACACAGGUGAGAAACCUUUUACUUGCUCUGUUUGUAAGAAGAUUUUCUCUAGAAAGCAACACAUGACCACACACAUGAGAACACACACUGGAGAGAAACCUUUUUCUUGCUCAGCUUGUGCUAAAAGAUUCAACACUAAGAAUGUCAUGAUAUUACACAUGAGAACACACACUGGAGAGAAACCUUUUCCUUGCUCAGUGUUAGAAUAAUUAUGUAUAUAGUAGCACACUAACUUUAGUAUCCUUAAAGUCUGUUGCUUUAGUUAUUAGUUAUUGUGCUUAAGUUAGACUUUUGUAUUCGUGCAAGGACAAAAACUUCUUGUCUGAGGGGUGGCCUCAGCCGCAGAUGUUAUCUUUGUUUUAGCCCGCUAACAGCCAAGGACUUCAAGGACCUCAACGAAGAUAAGACGACAACACGCAGAUGAAGCAGAGACUUUAAGGACCUCAAUGAAGAUAAGAUGACAACACGCAGACGAAGCGGAGACAAGGCGAAAU